CCUUUACCUCCCCGAAAACACACAGUUAUGUGCGUCACUGUGUUUAUUUUUUAAACCCUAAACCCUUUGCCGUCCGCAAACUUUUCUCCUUACUCAGAUCAACCAGAUACUAUAAGCGAUGGAAGGGCAGAGUAAAAGGAGACCGGGGCAGCUUCCAAGCGCGAAAGAGCUAGAAGAAUUAAAGGAGCUAUUCAGACAUCAUAUCGAGUCUUUCGAUUACAUGAUCGAUGGAGGCUUAGAAAUUAUGCUUAAACGCGUCAAGCCUGUGCAAAUCAUUGAUUCUUUCUCCAACAAAACCCUUAGAAUCUGGCUGGACCAUCCUGAGGUAUAUCCACCACAAAAGGAACGGUCUUCAAAGACGUCAGUAGGAGCUUUGCAUCCAUUUGAAUGCAGACAAGCAAAAAUUUCUUAUACAGGGAGCUUGCAUAUAGAUGUUUGCUUUCAGUGGGAUGGUGGAGUUGUUAUAAGGGAAAAGGUUAAUUUUGGAGAAUUUCCUAUAAUGUUAAGGUCAAAACGUUGUUAUUUGCGCGAUGCUGAUGCCAAAAAACUGGUUGCUUGCAAAGAAGAGUCAUCUGAAAUGGGUGGUUACUUCAUUCUGAAUGGGCUUGAGAGAGUUGUCCGACUAUUGAUAUUGCCGAAAAGGAAUUAUCCGAUGAGCUUGGUACGGAAUUCAUUUCGUGAUCGUCGGGAAGGUUAUACGGAUAAAGCAGUUGUGAUAAGGUGUGUGAGAGAAGAUCUAUCUUCAGUGACAGUUAAGUUAUAUUAUCUUCAUAAUGGGAGUGCAAGACUUGGAUUCUGGAUACAGGGGAGGGAAUACAUGCUUCCUGUAGGCAUUGUACUAAAGGCUCUGAUUGACACUAGUGAUCACGAAAUUUAUACAAAAUUGACAUGCUGCUAUAAUGAGAAAAAUGGGGAAGUAAAGGGGGCUGUUGGCACUCAACUUGUUGGUGAAAGGACCAAGAUUAUUCUUGAUGAAGUCCGGCACUUGGCGCUUUUUACUCAGGAGCAGUGUCUACAGCAUAUUGGGGAACACUUCCAACCUGUUAUGGAGGGAAUGGAAAGUGAGAAUUAUUCUUCUGUUGCUGAUGCUGUGCUGAGGAAUUAUAUAUUUGUUCAUUUGAGUGACAACAAUGAUAAGUUUAAUCUAAUCAUCUUUAUGGUGCAGAAACUUUUCUCACUUAUAGAUCAAACUUCUGCACCCGAUAACUCAGAUUCCUUGCAAAAUCAGGAAGUAUUACUUCCUGGUCAUCUCAUUACCAUUUACCUUAAGGAGAAACUUGAAGAUUGGUUGCGCAAAGGAAAAAAGCUUAUUGAAGAUAUGAUUAACAACAAAGACAAAAAUUUUGAUUUCUGCAGCUUAAAAGAUGUCAAGAAGGUGAUGGACAAAAAUUCUGCAAAGCAGAUCAGUGCAGCAAUUGAGAAUUUGUUGAAAACUGGAAGAUUGAUAACACAGACAGGUUUAGAUUUACAGCAGAGGGCUGGUUUCACGGUUCAGGCAGAGAGGCUUAACUAUCUACGUUUUAUUUCGUUUUUUCGGUCUGUUCAUCGUGGGGCUUCAUUUGCUGGACUUCGUACGACCAGUGUUCGCAAGUUGCUACCUGAAUCUUGGGGUUUUCUUUGCCCGGUGCACACUCCCGAUGGGGAGCCUUGUGGAUUGCUGAACCACAUGACCUGUACUUGCCGAAUUACAUCGUACUACAACUCACAAGGAAAUAUCAGAGAUUUUUUUAAAAUAAGAAUGUCUAUUCUUGAUGUUCUAGUUGGGGUUGGAAUGACAACCUCAUGGCCCAAAGUUGAUCAUGCUGGGCCUCCUCAAGUUCUUCCCGUUCUUUUAGAUGGUUGUGUUAUUGGCUCUUUACCUUCUGGUGAAGCUGACAAAGUUGUUGCUCAUUUGCGGAGAUUGAAAGUGUCAGCUGCUUCAGUGAUUCCUGAUGACUUGGAAGUGGGAUAUGUUCCUUUGAGCUUGGGAGGCACAUAUCCUGGUUUGUUCCUGUUCACUACACCAUCUAGAUUUAUUCGGCCGGUCAGAAACAUUUCUAUCCCUUCUGUGGAUGGGAAGGAUAUUGAACUUAUUGGGCCAUUUGAACAGGUUUUCAUGGAAAUAAAAUGUCCAGAUGGUGGGAAUGGAGGAAGAAGUAAUAGUUUUCCUGCAACUCAUGAAGAACUUACUCCAACUGCAAUGCUUAGUGUGGUUGCUAAUCUUACACCUUGGUCAGAUCAUAAUCAAAGUCCACGUAACAUGUACCAGUGCCAGAUGGCAAAACAAACAAUGGCAUUUUCUUUACAAGCAAUUCAGUCACGUGCAGAUCAAAAGCUGUAUCAUCUUCAGACUCCUCAAACUCCAAUCGUGCGCACAAAAACAUAUACGAAGUACUGCAUGGAUAAUUAUCCUUCGGGAACUAAUGCAAUAGUAGCGGUUCUGGCAUAUACAGGAUAUGAUAUGGAGGAUGCCAUGAUUUUGAAUAAGUCAUCCGUGGAACGUGGGAUGUGUCAUGGACAAAUAUAUCAGACGGAAACUAUUGACUUGUGUGACAGUAAGAGCAAGUCAGAUCGAGGUCAAAGAAUUUUUAAAAGAGAACAUUCAGAUAAGUCAAUAUCUUCUUUUGUUGAUUCAGAUGGACUUCCAUAUGUUGGUCAGGUGAUACAUCCAAAUGCACCUUACUGUAGUACCAUUAAUCAGGUGACAAAUUCAAAGAAAAUCUUCAACCGUAAGGGUUCAGAAACAGCAAUUGUUGACUAUGUCACAGUUGAUACAAAAAACAAGAAGCAUCUUCAGAAGGUUAAUAUUCGUUUUCGACAUCCAAGAAACCCUGUCAUUGGUGAUAAAUUUAGCAGCAGACAUGGCCAGAAAGGUGUUUGCUCUCAGUUGUGGGCAGAUAUUGAUAUGCCGUUCUCUGGAGUUACAGGAAUGCGCCCUGAUCUUAUAAUCAAUCCUCAUGCAUUUCCUUCAAGAAUGACAAUUGCAAUGCUUUUGGAAUCUGUUGCUGCUAAGGGAGGAAGCUUACAUGGGAAAUUUGUGGAUGCAACACCAUUUUCUGAUGCAGUCAAGGGAGCUAAUGGAAAGACUGAGACGGAGUCUGAUUCUCUUGUUGAUGAACUUGGUUCCAUGUUAAGGGAUCGUGGGUUUAAUUACCAUGGAGUAGAGGUAUUAUACAGUGGGGUUUAUGGAACAGAACUAACAUGUGAGAUAUUUAUUGGCCCUGUUUAUUAUCAGCGACUUAGACACAUGGUUUCAGACAAAUAUCAGGUUCGUGCCACCGGACAAGUUGAUCAAAUUACUCGACAGCCGAUCAAAGGAAGAAAGCGUGGUGGAGGUGUACGUUUCGGAGAGAUGGAACGAGAUGCUAUGCUUGCUCAUGGGGCUGCAUAUUUGUUGCAUGAUAGGCUCCAUACAUGUUCUGAUUAUCACAUUGCUGAUGUCUGCUCUCUGUGUGGAAGCAUCCUUACCACAGCAAUUGUCCAGCCGCCAAAGCGUGUAGUUAGAGAGAUCGGUGGAUUGCCUCCUGCAAAGGCUCCAAAGAAGGUUACAUGCCAUGCUUGCCAGACAAGCAAAGGGAUGGAGACUGUUGCAAUGCCAUAUGUUUUUAGAUAUUUGGCAGCCGAGUUGGCAGCUAUGAACAUAAAAAUGACUAUACAGCUCAGUAGUGGAGCUGGAGCUUGAUGGCUAAAUCCUGUUUAUCAGGGAAUUGAGAAUGUUUCUUUGGCUGUUUGAUCCUUCGAGGGAAGUUGGACAAAGAGACGAACAUGGUCGCCGAUUAAGGAACCCCGAGUUUAAGGAUCGGAUGCCGAUUGAUAUCUAUUGUUAGAUCUUACUCCUUUCUCGCAAAACUGGGCUUGAAAUAUAAUUGAGUUUUAUAUAUUUUGAGAUGAUCCUUAUAUAAAUCUUAUUUAUUCAUAAAGAAGAGAUUAAUGGAGUUAAUAUGUAUGUUGUACUUGAGUUUGUUAUAAAUUUUGUCAGAAUUAAUUAUUAACCAAUUCUAUGAUUCAUAUU